UUUAAAGUAAGAAGAUAUCUCAUAAUUAAUCCUGGAAAUUAUUUGAAAGUAACAUUAGUUGUUGUGACAUUAGGGAUUUAAAGUAAGAAGAUAUCUCAUAAUUAAUACUGGAAAUUGUUUGAAAGUAACAUUAGUUGUUGUGACAUUAGGGAUUUAAAGUAAGAAGAUAUCUCAUAAUUAAUCCUGGAAAUUGUUUGAAAGUAACAUUAGUUGUUGUGACAUUAGGGAUUUAAAGUAAGAAGAUAUCUCAUAAUUAAUCCUGGAAAUUAUUUGAAAGUAACAUUAGUUUUUGUGACAUUAGGGAUUUAAAGUAAGAAGAUAUCUCAUAAUUAAUCCUGGAAAUUGUUUCAAAGUAACAUUAGUUGUUCUGAUAUUAGGGAUUUAAAGUAAGAUAUUUGUGUUGGUGUUAUUAGACCCUUCAAAUGAAUUUAUAAUUUCAUUAAAUAAAGUAAUUUAUGAUAUAUUUAUUAUUAACUAUUUUGCAUCAUGUAUUUUAAUGUUAGAUGUAAAUACUGGUGUGAACAUCUGUUGUGGAAGUCAGUUUCCAGAUUAUCAAGAUUUAAAACAAGAAGAUAUCUGUACAGAAGUCAUGAAAUCUGAAAAUCCAAACAAUGAUGUUUGUGGAAAAUUAAGCUUUAAUGGAAAUAACCUAAAACAACAUAAGAGGAUGCACACUGUAGAGAAACGUUACAGUUGUACAGUUUGUGAAAAACAUUUUGGAACAAAUAGUGCAUUAAAACUGCACCAGAGAAUACAUACUGGAGAAGAACCUUAUAGUUGUGCAGUUUGUGAAACAAAAUUUCGAAGUAACUGUUACUUAAAAAUACAUCAAAGAAUACAUGUUGUAGAGAAACCUUACACUUGUGCAGUUUGUGGAAAACAAUGUUGGAAAAACAAUGAAUUAAAAAUACAUCAGAGAAUACAUACUGGGGAGAAACCUUACCCUUGUGCAGUUUGUGGAAAACAAUUUGUAAGUAACUGUAACUUAAAAAAACAUCAGAGAACACAUACAGGAGAGAAACCAUACAGUUGCGAAGUUUGUAGAAAACAAUUUGGAAGUAACUCCUAUUUAAAAAUACAUCAAAAAAUACACACUGGAGAGAAACCUUACAGUUGUGCAGUUUGUGGAAAACAGUUCAUAAGAAAUGGUGAUUUGAAAGUGCAUCAGAGAAUACAUACUGGGGAGAGACCAUACAGUUGUGCAGUUUGUGGAAAAUAUUUUGUAACUAGUAGAUCCCUUAAAAUUCAUCAAAGAAUACACACUGGUGAAAAACCUUACUGUUGUGCAACUUGUGGAAAAGACUUUGGAACAAAUACUGAAUUAAAAGUGCAUCAAAGAAGACAUACUGAGGAGAAGCCGUACA